GGACAUUUAAAUCUUUGGAUUCAUAUGAAGUUAAAUGUAAAACCAAUAUAUACAUCAGUAAACUUACGUAUUAUAUAAAUUAGUGCAAAACUCUAAGGAACAUACCCUGCGUUCGAUUUCGAUUUUCCAUCGGACACCUACGGAAAGCUUUUUGGCGGCCGACUAUUUCUUAUGAUACUUCAAGAUUUGGACUGUUGUACAAUAUAAGUUUUGUUGCUAGGACCAAUCGACUGAAAACGGAGUCAGCUCACAAAAACAUACUGAUACACACCGAACGGAGUUUUGAGGCAGAAGAACAAAAAAAGGUCGAAUUUUUAAAAGAAAUGACACUUCCAAGUGCAGCUCGUGUGUACACAGAUGUGAAUGCGCACAAGCCAGAUGAAUAUUGGGACUAUGAAAACUAUGUUGUUGACUGGGGAAAUCAAGACGAUUACCAAUUGGUCCGUAAAUUAGGACGUGGAAAGUAUUCGGAGGUUUUCGAGGCUAUCAAUAUUACGACCACAGAGAAGUGCGUUGUUAAAAUUCUAAAACCUGUAAAAAAGAAGAAGAUCAAGCGUGAAAUCAAAAUUUUGGAGAACUUGCGCGGUGGAACUAAUAUAAUAACUCUGUUAGCUGUUGUAAAAGAUCCAGUUUCCCGAACUCCGGCGUUAAUUUUCGAACAUGUCAAUAACACGGAUUUUAAGCAACUUUACCAAACUUUAACUGAUUAUGAGAUUCGCUACUAUUUGUUUGAACUUCUUAAAGCCCUUGAUUACUGCCACAGUAUGGGAAUAAUGCAUCGCGAUGUGAAACCCCAUAAUGUUAUGAUCGAUCAUGAAAAUCGGAAAUUACGUCUUAUAGAUUGGGGACUUGCCGAAUUUUAUCACCCCGGUCAGGAGUAUAAUGUUCGUGUGGCGUCAAGAUACUUCAAAGGUCCCGAGUUACUGGUAGAUUACCAGAUGUAUGAUUAUUCACUCGAUAUGUGGUCAUUGGGUUGUAUGUUGGCGUCGAUGAUAUUUCGAAAAGAGCCGUUCUUCCAUGGCCACGACAACUAUGAUCAAUUGGUACGCAUUGCUAAGGUGCUGGGCACCGAAGAGCUUUACGCAUAUUUAGAUAAAUAUAACAUUGACCUAGAUCCAAGAUUUCACGACAUUCUACAACGCCACUCACGAAAAAGAUGGGAAAGGUUUGUUCAUUCUGACAACCAACAUUUAGUUUCUCCUGAAGCACUAGACUUUCUUGAUAAACUAUUGCGCUAUGAUCACGUUGACCGACUUACAGCUCGUGAAGCUAUGGCUCAUCCAUAUUUUUUACCUAUCGUCAAUGGACAAAUGAAUCCCAAUAAUCAGCAAUAAAUGGUUAUUUUAUUAUGAUGAAUACUGUGUUUUCGAGAUCGGGAUAGCAGCCAUUUAACAUUUAUGAUAAUAAUUAUGAAAAAUAUAAAAUCCGAAGAGAAAUAAAAUAAAUUAAGCAACUGUCUUAAAAAACAUUGAUGAACUGUUCGUAGAAGAAACAAACACCGACAUUAACCUAGUUCUUACAGUAAAACAACUAGUUUUGUAUAAAAUUCUACAAGUGGGAAUAAUAUAAAACAUUAUUUUAAGCAGGGAUUCCCGUACAUUGGUCUUAAAAUCUCAACAUUUUAGGCGUUUGGGUUUAAUGCUACUUAUUUUUUUUGAUUUUCAUUUUAAAAAAAUUCAAAAUGGUGGUCUUAGGUUUCUGCCAAUAAAGACCUUAAACAAAGCAGAUAGACGCGCCGUUCUUGUUACAGAUAACAAAAAUAAUUUCAAUUAAAACUUUAAGAAAGAUUCCUUAAUAAAAUUAAAUUCGACAUAUUAAACCAAA